AUGCCAAAUGAAGUCACUUACUUUGUUCAAAUAACAGAUCCUGACAGCGCCUACAAUGUUGGUACUUUGAGCUUAAAGGAGUCAUUCAACUUCCGAAAUCUUUUCAAAGGGACUCUACGAACCAACAACCUUGAUAUCGAAAUUGCUAAAAUUGGUCCAUCUCUAUCCAACCUUGCCGAGUGGAGUGGCUACCAGGUUGUAAGAGAUGGGGAAAUUUCUCAAUUCAUUAAACUCAUGAGUUCAAGCUCGCUGAUGUUCCGCAGUGUGAGCAUCACUGGUCGUGCCGACAAAGUGACCGACAACGUCUACAAUGACGUUUCUAGACGUCCAGGGUAG